CGUGCUCUACUUUCACUUUUGCGCUACCCCAAGAUCAAGAUGUCAAAAUUAAAGGUAUAUUAUGAUCUCAUGUCCCAGGUCUCGCGGGGUGUGUAUAUGUUUAUGAAGCUGAACAAAAUUCCAUUUGAAGACAAACCAGUUGCACUACGAAGUGGAGAACACAAAACAGAGGCAUUCAAAAAGAUCAGUCCUAUCCAGCUGGUGCCAGUUAUUGAUGAUGGAGGAUUUGUCCUGACUGAGAGCGUGGCGAUUCUUCAGUACCUGUGUAGUCGCUAUGACCUCCCAGAACACUGGUACCCGAGAAAGGACCUCAAAGCCCAGGCCAAAGUUAACGAGUACCUCAAUUGGCAGCAUAUCAAUACCCGAAUGAGCUGUGCCAUGGUGUUUAGGCAUUUAUUGAUAAUACCCCGUGAAACAAAGAAACCGGUAGACUGGGAACAAGUGAACAUGUUCAGGAAGAGGGUGUCAUAUGUUGUGAACCACCUGGACAAGAGUUUCCUGAAAGAUAAGCCCUACCUUUGUGGAGAUGAGAUUUCUAUUGCUGACCUGCUCUGUAUCUGCGAACUGAUGCAGCUGAAUGCAGUAGACGAAGAGCACCUGUAUGAGACGAAUCCCAAUAUCAAGGCCUGGUCAGAGCGCACAAAAACCCGACUUAGUCCGGAGUUUGAGAAAUCCCAUCAGAUUGUCAACAGAGUGAGAGACAUGUACAAAACUGUUCUUGCUCCAUCUUUUUCUAAGCUCGGACCUCUCCAUACUCCAGAUUCCAGUACAUUCAGGUUUUCACACAAUCCCUUAAGUACAAGCAUUCUACUUUCAUUUUGCUGUUCAAAGAUGUCAAAAUUGAAGGUAUACUACGAUCUUAUGUCCCAGCCCUCGAGGGUCUUGUAUCUCUUUGUGAAACUAAACAAAAUUCCGUAUGAGGACAAAGCAGUGGCACUGAGAAAGGGAGAACAUAAAACAGAGGAUUAUAAAAAAAUAAAUCCAUUCCAAUUAGUACCAGUGAUUGAUGAUGGAGGAUUUGUCCUGACUGAGAGCGUGGCGAUUCUUCAGUACCUGUGUAGUCGCUAUGACCUCCCAGAACACUGGUACCCGAGAAAGGACCUCAAAGCCCAGGCCAAAGUUAACGAGUACCUCAACUGGCAGCAUGUCAAUACCCGAAUGAGCUGUUCCAUGGUGUUUGGGCAUUUAUUUAUGAUACCACGCCAGACAAACAAACCUGUGGACUGGAAAGAAGUAGAGAUUAUGAAGAAAAGAGUGUCUGGGGUUGUGGACCACUUGGACAAAGCUUUCCUGAAAGAUAAGCCAUACCUUUGUGGAGAUGAUAUUUCCAUCGCCGACCUCUUCUGCAUCUGCGAACUGAUGCAACUAAAUGCAAUACACGAGGAACACUUGUAUGAGUCGAAUCCCAACAUCAAGGCCUGGUCAGAGCGGGUGAAGAGCAGAUUGGGUCCAGAGUUUGAUAUAGCGCAUCACUUUCUUAACAGACUGAGGGAUGCAAACAAGACCGCCGCUGCUCCAUCUAAGCUUUGAUUCUUUAGAAUCCUGAAUUCUGUCUAGAGAUUCCGAUCGGUCUGUGAUUCAUGUAAUUUAUAUCUUUUGUCAUGAUUAUCUAAUUUUUAAAUUCAUAUUUCGAUGAUAUUUAAGAUAUGUCACUUAUAGGAACAUGGAUAUUGUAUUUUGUUUCACCAGUGAUUAAUGGUGUGCCAUGUUUUCACCUUUCAGUAUUAAAUCAUUUCAAAU